AAACUACGUAUUUACGAUUCGUUUAGGAGGUGAUUGCAAUUUGAGGUUGAAGAAGGCUGCAAGAUAUAAAAAGGUGAAUAUUUGUUCUCAAAGUUUAAAGUUGAAAUGCUGAAUGGAUAUCUAUUUCGUACGUUAAGACUGAAGCCAGCCACAGUGCGCCGUCACAUCGCUUCUGUUCAACGUCUGAGUUUCUCGUCCACACAAGACAACUCGUUGGUGCGUCGAGUAAAACACCUCGCACGGGAAUCUGAUGAACGGUUAUUGACUGUCUCUUGGAAUGAUGGCACAACUAAUCGAUAUCCAUUCGUUUAUCUUCGUGACAUCUGUAAAUGUCCCGAGUGUUUUCACGACUCGUCGAUGCAACGAGCAUUCGAUUCAGUGAAAGGGCUCCAUUCUGGUCUCAUAGCAACAAAAGUCGAUAUACAUGAAGAAGGAAAACAGAUCAAAUUAAUAUGGCCUAACAAACACGUGACUGUAUUUGAUUCUGAUUGGUUGUACGAGAGACGCCUCCCAGAGGAAAAUCAAAAGCACGAUGAAAAAGAAAACUCGGUGAUCGAUGAAGGGAUACAGCUGGGAGAUCACACACUAACAGGAAACAUUCCUGCACUCAAAUUCAACGAUGUUUUGAAUUCCAAAGAAACUCAGAUAAAAUGGUUAGACCUGAUACGUUGCCAUGGUAUUGUGAUUAUCAGAGGAGCAUCAAGCGAAGCAGGUCAGGUCAAGAAGUUAGGUGAAACACUGGGAUUCAUUGUGCCAAUGUGGUUUGGUGACUCACUUCUGGAACAAAAUGAUGUUGAAAAGGAGAACAAAGGUGAUUCUCUGUCAUCUGUGCCUCAAGCAACAUGUGCUUACGACGAGUACAGGGGAGGGCUUCAUUUAAUCCACUGCCUAAAGGAGGUCUUCGGGUCUGGAGGUGAACACACAUUUGUUGAUGCCUUUAAAAUUGCUAAGAAAUUCAAAAAUGCCAACCCUGACACCUUUCGGUUACUUUGUACCUCCAAUAUAAUGUACCAAAGAAAAGUAGCCAAUAAGGAAGCAGAAUUUCAAAUGAAAUUCGUCCGUCCAAUGAUAAGCAAAGCAAACACCAUGUUGAUGCGUGUACCGUGGCGAACUUUCACUCGACGUGUUUUAACAAGAAACCUUCGUAGUUUUCAAUCAUGCUCAACUCUGUUAAGGUCAGUCAGAGCCAAGCAAGUGAACCCUGACCAGGAGAACAGGAUCUUGGAAGUAAAAUGGACCGAUGGCUCAUUCAAUCGAUAUCCCUUCGUUUAUCUUCGUGAAAAUUGUCGCUGUCCUUCGUGCUAUCACGAGUCAUCAAUGCAAAGAUUCUUGCAUAUGAAAAACCUGAAUCUUGACUCCGCAUCUUCAAAAAUGAGCAUUAAGGAAAAUGGCGGGAAAAUUGAGGUCAUGUGGCAAGAUAACCAUAUCAGCGUGUACGACUGUGAUUGGUUGUUCCAAGAACGCAUUGCCAAGAAAACAUCACAACAACAGAACACUGACUUUUUAAGAGAAGAUGUUCAGUUAUGGGGCACAGAUUUUGAACUUCCCGAAUUUGAUUUUGAAAGAAUGUUAAAAGAUGAAAGAUCUCUUUUGGACUGGUUGCUAACUCUGCGUCGUGUUGGAGUAGCGGUGUUGAAAGGAGUUCUCCGAAAAGUAGGCCAACUCGAGCGACUUGGGAAUGCAGUAGGCUUCUUAAAAAACACGUUUUAUGGGGAGAAUGUGGCACUUCGAAGUGAGCAUAAUGCAAGAAGUCUUGCCUACACCAGCUACGAGCUCCAACCACACACAGAUUUACCUUAUUAUGAAUUCAAACCAAGCGUAAUAUUACUACAGUUUAUUGACCAGGUCAAGUCCCCAGGAGGAGCGAACACUCUGGUCGAUGGUUUUAAUGUUGUUCAGGAAGUGAAAAAAGUCAAACCACGUGAAUUUGAUCUUCUAGUCUCCACCCCAGUCCUCUGGCAAGUGAUUGGAACAGAGAAAAUCUACGGGGACUUCAUGAUGACCUUUGAACGACCAGUUAUAGAACUAGGCUGGACUGGCAAACUAGCAAGAAUCAACUACAAUGAGCCUUUAAGAGUGAAAUUUGUCAAUGUCUCUGUGGAAAACCUGCAGGACGUGUACCAGGCUUAUCAAAGUUUGACAAAAAUGUUUUACGAACCUCGAUUUGUUGUGGAACGAAAAAUGAGUAAAGGAGACAUACUGACCAUGGAUAAUGAUCGUCUACUCCACGGCAGAUCGGCUUUUGAGGUGAAUCAGAGAGACCAACGCUGGUUACAGCAGGCUUACAUGGACUGGGAUGUUCUGCGCUCAAAAACGAAGGUUUUGAAGAAGAAACUAGGACAUAGCGAACAGUAAGAGAAAAGCUCUUUCAUACUGCUCUAGCUGUGUGGCAUCUGUUGUAAAUGAAGAAAUCGUAAUGAUCUGGGAUAGCAUAGUAUUGGAAACGAUGACAAUAAUCUUGAAUGAUGACAAUGAUACCUUGAUAAGUGAUUUGUUUGCGUGUUAUAAAGCGAGGGUUGAAAGGUUAUACUUGAUUCUCUUUAGCAACGCUACAACCCAGGGGGAGGGAGGGAAGGGGGGCUACGACAAAAUUGUGAGACAAGAUACAAGAUUCACCGGACGUUUUCUCCGUAUGCCACUUACAGUGCGCGUAUCACACGUAACGUGUCAAGGGUCUACAGCAGUAAUUCAUGGUUUAUUCAUUCAGCACCAUUAUUUUGUAACAUGAACUACAUUAUAUACAAGAAAUCUAUUUACUAUUGGCUUAUGUAAAUCUAUUUACAUUGUGUAGAAUAAACCCAGCCCUGCUCUGAACCAACUACUGGUACUGCCUGCAGUAAACGAUGGGCUGUUUCUAAUGA